AUGGAGCAAUGCAAGGCGGGCUGUAACCUUCAUCUAGCACGUCGUCAGCAGUGCGCCUGCCUGAUUCAAGAGAUUGGGUCUCGACUACAAACGACCCAGGUGGUCAUUAAUACUGGCAUUUAUUAUAUGCACUACUUUUACGAAGUGUUUUCUCCGGAAACCAUCAAACCGAUUUUAGUUGCCAUAGCAGCCUUUUACUGUGCAUGCAAGACGGAAGAUUUCUCCAGAAAGCUCUCUUUCCUGAUCAAAGCUGCAUAUGACAUCCUGAAGAGACCUGCUCCUGAUGAGGCUUCAGAUGCAUUCAAGAGGAUAGUGCAAAACAUACAUGCUUUGGAAGCCACUAUUCUUAUGGUUAUCGGGUUUCACACCCUUGAAGUCAAACAGCCACAUGUUCUGCUCGUAAAAGCGAUCCGCGCUAACAAAUUUCCAAAGGAGAUAGCUCACACCAGUUAUUACAUAUGCACUAAUAUCCUGCAUCUCACUACCUUGGUGUUGCGACAUUCGGCAGAAGCAAUAGCUGCAUCUAGCCUUUACAUUGCGGCUAAGUGGAAUGGCACAGAUAUCCAGUCAUCAAACGGAGAGUGGUAUCAUGUAUUCUCCCCCUCUUUGACUCGCGAGGAAGUGACCAAAAUAGCUGAUGAGUUUACCCGAACUUUUCAAGAGUGUGAUUUGAAAAUUAGGGAGCAGUUGCGCAAUUCACUUCGAGUGAGUUUUAUAAUCUUGACUAUAGUGUUUAGUCCCGAAAGUUGCAAAGGGAUCGAAGGACGAACCUAUCAACAACCCUCCUCGAACUCAAGAACCGCCGAGAAAACUACCCCAGAUUCUCAGCAAAGAACCGAUUCUUGGAAGGCAGAGAAAAGGUCUUACAGUUCCACAAAUCCAAAUCCCAUUCAAAUGGCUCCUCAGCACGCAAAUCAUCAUAAUCGAAGUCAUACCAGUGGUCCUCAAAAUGUACAAAUGAAUCAUCCUUACCAUGGAUAUAAUCGUACUCUUCCACCACACGCGUAUGGAAACGAACAUUUCAAUAGAUCUCACUGUAAUCGUAUCCCAGCUGCUGGAGCUAAUGAACCGGAUCCUAAGCGUCAGCGUUUUGAUCGCCCGUUUUCAGGUCAAUGUCGACGGUCGCCCCAACCCCACAUACCUAGUGGACAUCAUCCUGAUAGUGCAGCACGCGGAAAUCGUAUCGAUGGCUCUAAUUUCCAUUCGGGAGGAGGUGAACCCAAGGCGCACUAUCCUCCUGCUAAUCGAAUCCAUGGUGCAGAUUAUAGGAUGACUUCAUCUACAGGUUAUAAUGUCAUUCCAAAUAAGCCAUGUGGACGUGAUGAACAUGACGACUUACGUCUUAACUCAGGAAGUAGUCGUCCUCCUAUUAAACCCCCCGGUCAUCCACAAGGAAAUCCACGACCAAAGCCUGAUUUAAAUGACUAUUUUUGA